ACGAAAGCGAGAGAGAAACUACUUCAUCUUCUUCCGUGUGUUCUGAGCUAUGGACGUGAAUCGAGCUGUGAUAUGUAUAGUGCCAUAAUGCAAGUUUACAUGGGCUACUGUGACCCGCGUGUCCAUCUGUGAGUACAAUACACACACCUGCUGAAGUUUUGCAGGCAUCAUUCCAGAAUGGAGUGUCCGCAGUGCAGUCACGUGUCUUUAGAUACGUCUCCAGUAUUCUGCAGUCGGUGUGGCAAUAAGCUGUUGUCUAAGGCUUCUGAGCAAACACCAGACAAGCCACAAGAUGAGUCUCACACAUCCUCGAACAUUCCACAUUGCUUGGAUGCAGAAAUAACUGAUCUCAGGUCUGAAUCUUUGAAUGACGAAAAUGCAAACACAGCUCCAAAACAACGAAAAGAAGACAACAACCUGAACUUAAAGAAAAAGAAAAGAAAGAAAAAGAAGAAAAAAGCAAAAGCUGGUGUUGAAGAGGGGCCAUCAUCUCUGACCUCUGACCUUUCUGAAAUGUCUCUGACUGAACAUGAGACGAAAAUGGAUGAAGAUCUAUCUUCUGACAGUGACAGCUGCCUCAUAGACAUCACCAACCCUGAAUCAGAUGCCCAUAUCCACACACCAGAGAAUGAAACGGAGGCUGGAAACCCACAGCCCAAUGUUUCUGCUGAACCCAAUGGUGCUGGUGAAGCUAGGUCUAUUGAAUGGCCAGUGAACUUUGGACGCGACUGUGUAGCGUCUGACAUAACUGAAACAGUUCAGUCACAAGAGCCGGUCGGCACUAGCAAAGCUUCUCAACCCGAUUCAGUGGAAGCAGCUCAAAGGAUUGAGAAAAAAACAACAAACUCCAAGAAUAAGAAGAAUGAGUCCACAGGGGCAGAAACACCUCCGGUUCAGAGUGCAAAUAUUGACCAGAAUGCAAACACAAAGAGCGGUUCAAGCAAUCAAAAAGAUAUAGCUGGUCAGACCAAGAAGUCACAGGAACAUUCCACUGAUCAGAAUAUGGUGUUUGGCCCACAGAGUAAACCUGAGAAGAACCAGAGGUUCAACGAAGAUUCAUCACAGAAUCCUGAGUCCAGCCAGAAAAUGCAGACAGCUAAUGAGAAAAAAGAAUCUGCUGCUGUCCAGCAAGCCUCAUCUCUAAAAACAAAUCAGCGUGAGGAACCCGAGAAGUCUUCAGAAAAGAAAAUUAAAUCUGACCCACAGAGCACACCUAAGAAGAGUCCCGGGGCUGAUGGAGAUUCAUCACAAAAGACUGACACAGUGAAACACAAUGAAAGUGAUGACACACAAAUCAAGAAAAAUAAAUGCAACUUACCUCCAAAAAAACAUCCGGCAUCAAUUCAACAUUUAAGCUCCGGUGACAGACUCACAAUUUACUUUCACGCAGUUCUGUCAAAAGAUUUCAAGUUUGACCCAGAAGAGGAUCGUAUCUUUAUCAGGGCUGGUGAUCUUAUUGGAAACUGGAAGGAAGAUUUGGUUGAGCUCUUUGUGUCACAAAGUCUUGGAGAACAUGGCUUACUUGUUGAAGGGAAAUUUGUAUGCAGAAGAUCCCAGGCUGAAUCUGUGUCCAUACCUUACAAGUAUGUUGUGUAUAAAGGCAAAAAGAAGGAGUAUGAAUUUGAAUACAUCUACAAACUGGAUUCAAAUGAAAUCACCAACAGAUGUCUUUUUGUCAAACCGCAUCUUCUGAAUGAUGAAGGAGAGUGGCAUCAGUAUGAAGAUAUCAUCUGCGCACAGCCAAAUAAGGGUGUGCUAAAGCGACUUAAAAAUGCUUUUUGGCCAGAUGAGCGUAAAAGUGUAAUUCAGGGAAGAGAAAUCGCUGGACAAAAGAUGCUGGAAACGAUAUUUGACCUCUUAAGAGAGUGGAACAAAGUAAACCUCAAAAACUUCCUUAGUCAACUCAAACAGUUUUAUGAAAUCUAUGGCAAUCCUUAUGUAUUUGAAAAGAAGCAGACAAAGUGGUUCUCCCUGGAAUACAGUGAAAAAGAUGUGAGCAACCUUCUGAAGCGAUUCAUGCUACAGCAUGUGACUCCAGAGCUACAGAAAGACUGUAAAAAUCAAAGUGACUUCAUUGCGAAUCCACUGAAGGCUGCUCUCAUCAUGCUUUAUGUGUGGAGACAGUAUAAACUUGAUUUAGAUAAUGGGACUCUUGCUCGUCUCUGCACGGCCCUCUGCCUGCCAAAACUAUCCAAGGAUGAAUUCCUGCCUUUCUGGACUGACAUAACAGAAUCAUUCUCAUUAAUAGAAAGCUUGCCUGAGACGGUGGUGGCACUGAUCAGAACAGUGAGAGCAGAGAAUAUGCCCAGAUGGAUCAUCGUAUUACCCCUGCUGCACCUUCUUAAAGGCACUUCAAAACCAUUUGAGGCAGUGUUGAAUACAGUCAGCACAAAUUAUGAACAGAGCUGGGCUGGCCUGCAGGGACUCAAACCAGCUUAUGAACAAUACUCCAGAUCCCAAGAUCGAAGUGCCAUGUUGAAUCUGAUGAAGUCACAUGGUUAUUUGGUGGAGGUGGACAGACUGCUGGCCAGGUCAUGGAUGUACCUGAUGACUAUAGAUGAGUUGAUCGAGUGCAGCUCUCUCAUUAAUGCAGAGCUCUUGGACAUCCUACAGCUUUUUAUCAUGAAAUGUCCCAGUGACAUAGCCUACAUGAGUUCUAAUGCUGUUUCAGAAACUUUGGCACACAUUCAAAGUCAGCUGCUCGAGCAGAAAUACAGCUGUCCCAGCGAGGACUAUGGCAUGCGAUGCCUGCAAGCAGCUUGCAAGCUACUAGAGAAGAUCUGCAAAGAAGUGAAAUACUCCACCUACACAGAUAGUUUCACUGAAAUUCCUGUUGCAUGCAUGAACCUAGUGGCCUCUGUUUCAGGAUUUGCCCAGGUACUCCCCUCUGAGAUGGGCACUUCUCCUGAAAAGACUUCUGAAUUACUCAACAAGGCCAAAGACAUUGUCAGGACUUGGAUGAGAAAUUCUUUCAGAAAGAAUCUUUUGAGCAAAGGAUUUUCCUCAGUACUUAACACCAGUUUCACAAGCGAGAUUGAGAUAUGGAACAACAUUUUAGCCAUAGAUUUCAUGAGCAAAGACUUCACUAAAGAAUGGAGAGAGACCUUUACAGGGGACUUUGAGGGGAAAUUUCAGAAGGAAAGUCAUCUUGAUCAAAUAGAGGUUUACUGCUCAAAGAUUGAGGAACUCAAUGACUCAAAGCCCUUUUUAGCGGGUAGUAUAGAGAAGUGCGCUCUCCAAGCCGUUACCACAAUAUGCCAGACUAAAUCUGAAUGGAAACUUUUUGAGAGACUCGGUAAUCUCCGGGUAAACUGGAAAUUCGGAAAGCUCGUGUCUACAAUAAUCUUAAAGUCCUGGCCAAAAGAUGACAAAGGAAUCUAUGUGGAUGAAGAAGAAGUUGUUCUCCAACAUCUUCUGGACUGGACAGCAGCCAAAGAUGUCUUUCAGCUUCAUGGUGCGGAUGAACACCUGAUCAGUCAGCUUUCUGAAGAGGCGAAGGAGAAAUUUGCCAUGGCAACCUCAUUAUUUGCCGACAUUUUAAAUCGACUUGUCAGAGGGAAAAUAAAGAUCAAACUUCUAAAUCUCAUCCUGAACAGGAAGCGUGUCUUUUUAGAGCUACUUCAUUUAGACUGUUUUUCUGAAAAUAAACAACUCAAGGAUACCAAUUCAAUGAGGAGGCUUCUUCAGUUUAGACAAGAGGAGGUGAAGGCACUUUACUAUGAGAAAACUUUGGUGGAUGUUCUCAUUACAAUGUGCCACAAUCUACAGGAGCAUGUUAUGGUUGAUGUUAAAGAGUUGGAAGAAAAACAACGUAUUGACAUUGAUGAAAUGGAUCUGGACCGGUUCAUGGAUGUUCAUGUUUUGAAUCAAAUAUCCUCAGAGGAGUCUGGAGUAGUCACCUACUUUGAUCUUGAUAACGAUGUGCGAAAUAUGGCAGUGGUUCUUAACACCUAUAAAGACAGCUACAUUUUUAAAACGUGUUGGGUGAAGGAGGCUGAAGAGUUUGCACAGGCUACUAAUGAUGAUGAAGAUGAUGAAUAUGAUGAGGAGGAACUAGCAGAGAACAAAUUGCCUAUGACUGCAAAAGACAUUCAAAGUGACAUAUUUGAGGAAUGCUACAAUAAAUACCAAGCUAUUUAUAAGCAACUCAGAGAUGGUAGCAUGACGUUUGAAGACGUUGAUGUAAAAUUCAAAGCAUACACCGGAAAAUAUGAAGAACUGGCAGCCGAUGUCAAAAUCAUGUGCAGGCUUGAUCCCAGUGAUGACCAGCGGUGGAUACUAAACAGAAUCCAGCAGAUUGAGCAGUACCAUGAGCUUCAUCUGGCAGUAGAGUCUGCUCAGGUGGUCAUGAGGGUAAAACAGGCACUGUGUCUUCAGGGAGACUUUCAAGUCCUGGAGAAGUUGCUUGUUGCUACACACUCGGAUUUUAAACAGGAGCGUCUUGACAGCAUGGACAAUGAUUUGAUACAGGCAAAAACUGUGCUUGUGGAUAUCACAGAUUCACGUAGAGUUUGCCUCCAGGAGCUUGACCUAAGAAAGAGUUUUGUCAUGUGGGUUAAAGAGGCCCUUGAAGACAUCAAUGAGUUGAAAGUGUUUGUGGAUUUGGCCUCCAUCUCUGCGGGAGAGAAUGAUUUGGAUGUGGAUCGUGUUGCUUGUUUUCACGAUGCUGUUCUUGGCUACUCUUCAAUGCUGUAUGAUUUAAAGCCAGAUGCUGACUUUAAGGAUUUUCAAAAAAUGCUGGAAAAACUAUGGAAGGCGCUUCAUAAUGACGACAACCUUCCGAAGAAAUUGCGUGACUCUGCAAGACACAUAGAAUGGUUGAAGACAGUCAAGGACAGCCAUGGUUCAGUGGAACUGUCCUCUCUAUCUCUGGCAUCAGCUAUCAACAAAGAUGGGAUCUACAUUAUCGGUGCACAAAACCAAAAGAAGUUAUGCUUGGAAAAGGUUCUGAAGUUGCAAAUUGUGGAAAUGCAUGAUGACGGCUGUGAGACACGCACUUACUCUCUUGAAGACCUCAGGGAACUUCAGAAUAAAUUGAUGCUAAUGUCUGGCAAAGGAGAUCAAGGCCAGUGUGAAGUUGAUCGAUUUGCAGAGGUUUUUGCCAGUGUUCAGAGAUUGGCCUCUGCGUUUAUUGAUUUGUUUGCUGCUGGAAAUCCAUUGUUCAGACACUGGGAGGCAAAUAUCUGCAGUAAUACCGAAGGCGGCUGCAUCACUAUUGACUUUAACUUGAGGGGUGUUGUCAAUGUUGUCAUAUUGGAAGGUGAUAUCACUCAACUGUUGCCUGAAGUCUGUCAGAAAAUGGAGAAAUGCUUAAGUUUCUGGAAGGAUUUUAUGGACAAGCAGAGAUCUCGCUUUUACUACUUAAAUUAUUUCACUGCAGAACAAGUAGUCUACCUGUGCAGUCAGCUAACCCAAAACAAACUGACUAACCUGGACGAUCAAGUUCUUAUGAUGCUGUCCUUUAUUCACCCAAUUUGCUCCCCUUCAGAUCUGAGGCAAGCAUGGCACAGGCUUCAAUAUGAAGUCAUAAAGAGGUGUCCUGAAAGAAACGAUAAUUUAGACUUUCAGACCUUUGUGGAAGUCCCCAGUAUAGUUGAGAUUAAUGACAUGGAACUUGAAGUCUUUGAAAAUCAGUUGGGGGAAGCUAAUGGGUCAGAAAAGUUGGAUGUGAUUUGGAAUGCUUACAUGCGAAACAUGAAACAUUUCUUGCCAGACUCUCUUGAUGUCAGAAACCUUGGAUGUCUCCUUGAAAUUUUGGCCAACGUCCCCAGUAAAUGCGAAGGUGGUUCCUUGCGCGAUGAUAGAACGAGGGGCGUUCAGAGAGAGCUGCCAAGUGGACUGGCGUUUGGAAGACCAAAUCUCAUCAUCUGCCCCUCUGAAGAAAUUUUGACCUCUUGCAUUUCAAUUUAUAUGAGCAGCAAAUGUGAGUCUCUGCCAACCUAUGAUGAAGUACUUCUGUGUAAUGCUUCCACUCCCUAUGAAGAAGUGGAACUCUUCCUAAGAAGAUGUCUCAAUACUGGAUAUAAGGGAAAGAAGAUAUACACAAUGCUUUAUGUAGACCAACUUACCUAUGAAGUGAGCUACAAAGUUGAGCAGUUUUUUCAGCGUCAAAAGGCAAUGAGCAGAUCUGAUUACAGACUGGUGUUGAUCUGCAGCUCUAACAGAGAACAUACAUACCUUCCUUCAGCAUUUAGUCAGUUCAGGUUGCACUUGGUUCCUCAAGAACCUAUGAGCAGUAUUCAGCAGUACCUUUUAAGGCAUUUUACAGUCCCGGAUAACAUAUCCAGUGCUGCUGCUGUGUUCAAAAACAGCCAAUUUGUCGGAGUUGUAUCCUCUGAAAGAUCUGGAGUAGGCAAAUCACUCUACAUUAGACGAAUGUAUGAGAAAUUGAAGACAAUCACAAAGAGGUCUUCACAACUGAAGUGCAUCAGGUUGAUUGAGCCAAGAAUCGAUGAAAAUGUCAUUGUUAGAUCCUUACUCAAUACCUACAAGGAAAAGGAGCUUUCAGUCUACCAUUUUGACAUCACCACCAUGGUGAAAAAGGGACUCCAUGAAUUUUUAUUCAGACUGUUGAUCCUUGGAUAUCUCAUGGACACAGAAGGAAAUAUGUGGAAAAGUAACAAAAAACACUUGUAUAUCAUUGAGGUCCUGAGACCUGAUGGUGACACAUCCCGAAAUGUCCCAAAAGCUGGUGCAAAAGCCAAUUCUUCUUUUCUGGAUGUGUUUCCAAGUAUCUACUGUCGUCCACCCAAAGAGGUCCUUGAAUUGGAAAUGAGAUUCCAGGAAAAUCCAUUAUCAGUGGAGUGUGAUGACCCCCUCAUGGAUCACCAGGAGUUUCGAAGUGAGGCCUACCAACGCCCUUACCAAUACCUGAAACGUUUCCACAAUGGUGACAGUUUGGAUAGCUUCACAUACAAAGGAAUUGAGGGCACCCCUGUUGAAUGCCUGCAGAUGCUGUUUGUGUAUUGUGGGAUCGUAAACCCCUCUUGGGCAGAGUUGAGGAAUUUUGCUUGGUUCCUGAACUUACAACUGCAGGAUUGCGAGAGAUCUGUUUUCUGUGAUUUUUCUUUCAUAGGGGACACCUUGAUGGGAUUCAAAAAUUUUGUUGUUGAUUUUAUGAUUCUCAUGGCUAAAGAUUUUGCCACUCCAUCCCUCAGCAUCUCUGACCAGAGUCCAGGGAGACUGUACCAUGACCUUUCUGGUGCCAGUGAAGAGGAUUUGGCUCCUUUUAGGAUAAGAAAACGAUGGGAGUCAGAACCCCAUCCAUACAUUUUCUUUAAUGCUGACCAUGAGUCAAUGACAUUUAUUGGCUUUCAUCUACAGCCAAAUGCAGAGAAUGGAGUUGAUGCCAUUGAUCCAUCCACACAAAGAGUGAUCAAAAGGAACAUCAUGACCAAAGAGCUGUAUGAGGGUCUUAAACUACAGAGAGUUCCCUUCAAUAUUGAUUUUGACAAGCUUCCAAGAUCAGAAAAGAUUGAGAGACUUUGUAGGGUUUUGGGUGUAGAGUGGCCUCUUGACCCAGACGAAACAUACGAGCUCACUACAGACAACAUUCUAAAAAUGUUGGCAAUUCACAUGCGUUUUCGCUGUGGGAUUCCAGUUAUAAUCAUGGGUGAGACAGGGUGUGGGAAAACCAGGCUAAUCAAAUUUCUUUGUGAAAUACACAGAAUUGGAGUUGCAACUGAUAACAUGAAACUGGUCAAGGUUCAUGGAGGGACAAGUUCAGACAUGAUUUAUACCAAAGUGAGAGAGGCAGAGGAAAUGGCUCUUAUAAAUAAGACAGAUUAUGGCUUUGAUUCUGUGUUGUUUUUUGAUGAGGCCAAUACAACAGAGGCCAUUAGCAGCAUUAAGGAAAUCCUCUGCGACAACACUGCUAGGGGAGAACAUUUGGCACCCAAUACUGGCCUACAAAUCAUUGCUGCUUGCAACCCAUACAGGAAACACACAGAUGUAAUGAUCAAGAGAUUGGAGUCAGCCGGUUUGGGAUACAGAGUUCGUGCUGAAGAAACCGAUGAGAAACUUGGAUCCAUCCCUCUUCGCCAGCUUGUAUACAGAGUGCAGGCUUUACCACCAAGCAUGAUACCACUAGUUUGGGACUUUGGACAGCUUAAUGACCGUACUGAAAAAAUGUACAUCAAGCAAAUCGUUGAAAGGGUAGUAGAAACACAUUCCAUGGAUGCAGGCUAUAUCAAAAUCAUAACAGAUGUUCUGUCAGCCUCACAGAUGUAUAUGCGGACAAGAGAGAAUGAAUGUAGCUUUGUGAGUCUGAGGGAUGUAGAGCGCUGCAUGCAAGUUUUUGGAUGGUUCUAUAAAAACAGCCACAUGUUGAUCUCAGAACUUGAUCAGUUUGAAAAUAUUACAGAGAGAAAUGAGCAAAGAAACCCAAUUAUAUGGUCAUUAAUUAUGGCCAUUGGUGUGUGUUACCAUGCCUGCUUGGAGGACAAAGAUAAAUACAGAAAACAAAUUUGCAAGUACCUUCCUGCAGCCUACAGCCAAACGAAAGUGAUGCAGGAGAUUUCGGUUGUUCAAGAUCUAUUUCUAAAUGGAAUUCCAUUGGGUGAAACCAUUGCCCGAAACAGUGCUUUAAAGGAAAAUGUCUUCAUGAUGGUGAUUUGCAUCGAACUACGAAUACCUUUGUUUUUAGUUGGAAAACCUGGUAGUUCUAAAUCCCUGUCUAAAACUCUGGUUGCAGAUGGUAUGCAAGGCCAGGCAGCCCAUUCUGAUUUGUUUAAAAAGCUGAAGCAGAUUCAUCUUGUGUCAUUUCAGUGCAGUCCUCACUCUACACCAGAGGGCAUCAUUAAUACAUUCAAGCAAUGUUCCCGCUUUCAGGAAGGCAAGAAUCUAAAAGAGUAUAUAUCAGUGGUUGUGCUAGAUGAGAUAGGCUUGGCUGAAGAUUCACCAAAAAUGCCCCUGAAAACUUUACAUCCUUUGCUGGAAGAGGGGUGCAUAGAUGAUCAGCCAGUACCUCACAAAAAGGUGGGAUUCAUAGGUAUCUCUAAUUGGGCUUUGGACCCAGCCAAGAUGAACAGAGGAAUAUUUGUUUCUCGUGGCGAUCCUGAUGAGAAGGAAUUGAUUGAGAGCGCCAAAGGAAUUUGUUCCUCGGAUGCCAUGAUUCUUGAAAGGGUGAGAGAUUGCUUUAAGCCAUUUGCCCAUGCUUACCUCAAGAUCUGUAAGAAGCAGGGAAAAGGUUUCUUUGGCCUUCGAGACUAUUACAGCUUGAUAAAGAUGGUGUUUGCUGUUGCCAAGGUCUCUGAUCAGAAGCCUAGUCCAGAGCAAAUUGCAAAGGCUGUGCUUAGGAAUUUCAGUGGCAAGGAUAAUGUGGAUGCUGUUUCAGUGUUCACCCAAGGACUAAGUUUCAAGCCCAAGCUUGAGAGCAUCAGUGCCAUUGAUCUUGUAGAAGAGAACAUCAAAACCAUUAGCCAAGAUGAGGAAUGUAGAUACCUGCUGGUUCUGACAAAAAACUAUGCAGCCCUUCGGAUUCUUCAGCAAGCAUUUUUCUCAGAGCACUGCCAACCAGAAAUCAUCUUUGGCUCAAGUUUUCCAAAAGAUCAGGAGUAUACUCAGAUUUGCCGUAACAUAAACCGUGUCAAGGUCUGUAUGGAGACUGGCCAAACCAUUGUUCUUCUGAACCUGCAGAACUUGUACGAAAGUUUGUAUGAUGCUCUCAAUCAAUAUUAUGUCUGUCUUGGAGGUCAGAAAUAUGUUGAUUUGGGACUUGGUACUCACAGAGUCAAAUGCAGAGUACACAAAGAGUUCAGGCUCAUUGUUAUUGAGGAGAAGGAGGUUGUCUACAAGCAGUUUCCUAUUCCCUUGAUCAACAGGCUGGAAAAACAUUAUCUUGACAUCAAUACUGUACUUACGAAAGAUCAAAAAGCACUUGUUGAAAUGCUUGAAAAAUGGGUGAAAUUGUUUGCUUCUGCUAAACCCCAGCAUUCAGCCGAUCCCAGAUCACGACAGUACUCUCCAGCUGAUGUUUUCAUUGGCUACCACUCGGACACUUGUGCUUCUGUUGUCCUGCAACUUACAGAGCAGUUCAGAGGGCAAAAGGAGCUUUCAGAUCCUGGAUGGCUCUUUGACGAAGCUAAAUUAGUUCUUCUAAACUGUGCUACACCAGAUGCUGUGGUCCGACUAGGCUGCACAAAACUCUCCAAUGUAGAAAGUGAACAGUUGUCAAGGGUGUACUUCGAAGACCAGAAGCACAGUUCUCUUGCUGACUUCAUCCUCCCUCAUUCACAACAAGCAGAGCAUAGCAGUGCAUGUUUCACAGAGGUGACCACAUUUUCAAGACUUCUGACCGCAACAGAAAUUGAGGAGCUACGGGACAGGGUUCAAAACAUUGAGCUCAUUCCAAUACAGCAGUUUGAAACAGAACAUUCAUUCCUAAAGAAAAUCAGGAACUUUUUGGAAGGCACCACCGGUGACAAGACACUUAUCAUCCAGACCGAUUUUGAUGAAGGUUUACAGAGUACGAAUGUCAUUGCAUCUGCAAAGUAUUCUUCUAUCAACGAAAUCAACAAAUUCAGGAAAGAGUGCAAUACAAAGAUUUUUGUGUACUUCAUCACUAAACUACCCAGAGUGGACGGUGGAACUUCCUAUGUUGGAUUUCAUGGUGGUCAGUGGAAGUCAGUCCACAUCGAUGACCUUAGAAAAUCUGAAGAAAUCGUCUCUGAUAUAAAAGCAUUGCAAUGUCUGACCAUCAGCCAGCUGUUUGAGGAGAAAGCAGAUGAAUCUGAAGUUAUGGAAGUUGAGAACAUGUACACAGAGGAUGAAGAACAGCAAAUGGAGACAGAUGAAAAUACGGUAAAUGUUUUGGACACCACAGCUCUUGUGCGUAGCUGUGUUCAAAGCGCAGUUGGUAUGCUAAGAGACCAGACUGAGGCAGGCACCCGUAGCACCAGGAGAGUAGAGAUUCUGUUAAUGCUCUUGACUGAUGAUGCUGAAUUUCUAAAAACUGUGAAGAAAAGACUUCAUUCGCUGCUGUGUACACAUGAUCAAAACACACUCUCAGCCAGUAGCUGGGUCUCCAAGGAAGCAAUGAAUAUCGAUGCCUUGCACGAGGGUGGAACUUUCAGACAUGCUCUUUGGAAGCGAGUUCAAGUAGUAGUCACUCCGUUCUUGGCACAACUUGUGUCAAUUAUUGAUCGUGACUGCAAUCUCAACUUGUUGCUGGAUAAAAACUCUGGAGAGUCGUUAAAGAAACUGUGGUUGGACAUUUUUGGCGAUUUGAAGUUUUUGGAUGUUCCUUACGCAAGAGUGGAUAACAACUCAGAGACAAAGACAAUCUUGGUCCAGAACUACUUUUCAGUUGACAAGAACAUGGGUUGCACCAUGCCUUUCAGCUGGAGAAUUAAAGACUGCCUAGAAGAGCUAUGGGUAUACGCUUCACAGCGAGAAGGACACACGCUUAAACAAUUUGAAGAGUUUUUUUCGACGACCCCUUUGGGCAGGUACAUUGCUAAAGCAACCCAAGAGAUGCAGGGGGAGUUUUUCCACAGGUAUCUCCAGGAUUUCAUCUCCAUGACCCUGAAUGUAAAAUCAGAUGUGGAUCUUGAGCUCUUACGUGGAGCUCUAACUUGCGCUGUAAAUGAGCUUCGAGCCGAUCAGGAAGCAAAUGAAACUGGAGUAAUUUCUUUGCCAUGGGUUCAUGCUGCUUAUCAUCAUUUUAAGAGCCGUAUGCAGAACCUUAACAGAAUGAUCACUAUAGAGCCUCAGAUCGCUCAGAUACUCCUGAAAAAAAGAGAUGCCAGAGAGGGCAUGGAACUGGUCUUAGAUGUAUAUGCUGCUCUAGCAUGUAUUGAAUACUUGGAGCCCCGGACUCUGGAUGGAGAUGCUCAAAGUCUCGUCUGGCUCAGAUGUGUCAAGAAACUACAGGUGCCAAUUGAGCUGGUCUGCUCUGAAGAGAACCAGCGACACUAUAGAGAGAGGAGCCGACAAAUGGUGGCCCACAUUCAGCAUGGCUGGCAUCGCAUUUACUCUCUGGCCCUGUUCGUGGAGCACAUGCUGCUGGGUGUCAGUGAAGUACAGUCGAAACUGAGGCCACUUGUUCUGCAACACACUCGACGUCUAGCACAAGUCCUAGAGCAGAACUCAGACCUGAAAAUGAAGCAACCGUUUGAGGCAGUGAUCAUCGUACUCAAAGCAUGCAAAGAAGAUGCAUCUCAGAGCAUUUUUAGAUUUGGCAUUCAGAAGUGUCCGGUGUGCAUGGAAGACCCUAAGGAUCCUUUGAGUUUGCCCUGUGACCACAUCUACUGCCUGGCCUGUAUCAAACAGUGGCUGGUACCUGGUCAGAUGCACUGUCCAUUGUGUAUACAGGAAGUGCCUGAUGAUUUUGAGCUCAAGCCCUCCCAAGAAAUACAGGGUCUCAUCAAUCAAAAUGCCAUGUUUAGGAAGCGUUGUAAUGCUUUCUUCAUUGAUUUGGUGUCCACCAUGUGCUUCAAGGACAACAUUCCACCCAGUAAAGACAUCAUUCUCCACCUGCUGUCACUUCUCAUGGUGGAGGCCUGCACACUCCCUAACAUCAGAGGACGAGAUCGGCGAUUUUUGACCAAGGCUCUCUCUCCAUUUGAUGACUCCGUGGAUAAAAAUCCAGUGGUGCGUUCUGUGGUGCUGAAACUCCUGUUGAAGUACAGUUUUGAUGAUGUGAAGCACUACCUUCAACGUCAUCUGACAGAGGUUGAGCAAAACAACAUCAUAGAGGAGUCGGAUAAAACAGAGCUUUAUUUGUUGUACAUAAACUGCUUAGAGGACUCAAUGUACGAGCGGACGCAGUGGCACUCUUUAGGCGAGCAACAGUUGAUUCUUCAGGGGGAAACACAGUUUCUACAGGGCUUCCUUCUCUCAGAGUUUGUGUCCUCACAGGUUGUUUCUGUAGAGCACCUGCAGUACAUGGCUCGGGUGCGACUCUGCCUAGAUAUGACUGCUGACUUGUUUGUCAACAAACUGACUGAUGGUGUACAUGAGGAGCUGCUAUCUGGAAACUCAGCAUUUAUGAAGAGUGUGGUGGAUCUGUGCUGUCGCAGUAGGAAUGACUGGUACAGGGUUUACCUUAUAAGAAAGAUUUGCAGUCUUUAUGGGGUCGAGUGUGCCCAGAAACUCUUGCAACUGGAUCAGUACAAGUGGCUGUUUCCUGAGGAGAUUCUUCAAUCGAAGCAAGACAGCAGCCAGAUUGACCAGUAUCUAGUGUGUGGACCUGACUACAAAAGUAUUAGAGAUGCAGUAGCCAAAGCUAUGCUGGAUGGCAACAUGGAGAAAUUACAGAAAGCCAUUAAGGACUGCAAGUGUACACCGAUGAAAAAGGCUGUUUAUCUGCUGAUGGCUUUGUUCAGAGAGGUCACCUCCCUGUACAGAAUGGACAAUCCGAGCAUGCACCCUAACCCUGUGCUAUGUGCUGCAUUUGAAGAGUUUAUCAGGAGUUCAGAUGUCCUCGUCAGUAAUGAAAUGAGAGCGUUUGCUCAGGCACUGGUGAUGAAUCGGUUACAUGCUCUGAAUGUACAAGCACAGGCAUCAGCCAGAGAUCCCAGGCUGGUGGAGAUCACAGUUCACAUGGCUGCAGUCUUGCUGUGUGGAAAUCUGCCUGUACUAAAGCCACUCCAGCAGCUGGCUUUCUCCCCACAAAAUAUGACGGCUUCAUUCAUUCCCACCAUGCCUGAUGAUAUGUUGAUUGUUGCCCAGCAGGCCAUGCAAGGUCUUAUGUGGUACUCUUGUCCUAAUGGGCACCCAUGCACAGUUGGUGAGUGUGGUCAGCCCAUGCAGGUGGGUCGCUGUCCCGACUGCAAAGCAGAUAUAGGGGGUGCAAACCACAUACCUCUUCAGGGUUUCACAGCCAUGCAAAUACAAGGGGACCGCACUAAGUCGGGACACAUUUUGGGAGAUGCACAGCGCCGUGACCAACCUGACAUGCAGGACACUAAGAAUAUGUCACCAGCCCCCUUUACUCUUCUCAGACUGUUUACACACAUGUCCAUGUUGCUGGGAGCUGAAACCAAUCAGCUGAGUAUCAUUCAGAUGAUCCAACCUGCUGUACCGGAUCCUGGACUGUUCCUUAUGGCUCAUCUUUUGAAGGAUAUGGAGCAGUUAAGCAAAGCUCUGGGAAAAGGGGUGGAUGAUACGGUCAACACCAUCCAUCUCGCCAUCCACAGUCUGCUGGAGCCCCAUCACACCAACCAGUGGCCUGCUGCAUACAAUCCGAUCCUUUCUACCAAGGAAGCGAGAAAUGGUUGGGAAAAUGCCAUGAAUACAGAUGUCAUCUGUAUUGUGCUCAAGGGGUUGGAGCAUCAGCUAAAGGAUGUAAAUAGCUACAUCAGUCAGGAUGAGCGUGUGUCUUCUAAUCCGGUGUUGAAGCUGACCUAUGGAGAGCCUGCGAUUUUCCUGCGCUCUCUGCCCCAGAACUCCCUCAUUCAUAACUCAUCUGUCUGGAGCUGCAGAAGGAAGGUCUCAUUGUUAAGUCUGGCACAUAUUGUGGAGCAGAACAAUGGUAGAGACACAUUGCCUGUUCUCUGGAGGUUCCUGCAGAGGGAGGCGGAGCUAAGGCUGGUGAGGUUCCUUCCUGAAAUCUUAGCACUCCAAAAGGACAUGGUAAAGAAGUUCCAGAACCUGACAGACUUACCUUACAGCACCAUAGCAGAGUUCUUGCAAAGUCAGAAAGCAGCCACACUCCCUGCUUGGUAUGAAAAACGAAUAAAAAUCUUCUUGUCUACAUGGAACCAACUCAGAGUCUCGCUGGACACCACAGGGGAGAUAAAGUUGCCAGCUGAGUACACCCAACAAGAUCUGGGUUUGGAUGCUGAUCUGCAGGUGUUGCUGCCGCAGAGACAUGGUCUGGGCUUGUGCUCCACUGCCCUUGUCAGCUACCUCAUCGCCCUUCAUAAUGACCUCAUUUACACUGCAGAAAAACACACUGGAGAGGACACUGGAUACACGGUAAGCCCAGCUGACCUGACGGAGCAGCAUGUGAUCUGUUAUGAGUAUGAGCGAGAUCUCUUGCCCCUGGUGCUGUCUAACUGUCAGUACAGCAUGGAGCGAGGCCAGGAGACACUGCUGGAAUAUGACCUCCCCAAAAUUCAGCAACAGAUUCUCACCCGCUUCCUACAGUGCAGACCACACAUCACCUUAAAUGGUAUUCCAACACUAGUGAGCGGACAAGACCGGAAUUAUGAGAUUAUAUUUAAGGAUGUGAAAAGCAAAGUUCAACAGGAGUCAUUACAGCCUCUCAUGCAGCAUGACCUCGUGAAGGAGCUCCAAUCAUACAGCGACGUGUGUGAAGCACUGUUCAUUGUCGAGCUGGCCUUGGGUUUCCUCGCCAUGACGGGCGGAGAGCCACACGUACAGCUGGGCGACUAUCUGAAGGAGGUGUUACAGAUGGCCGACCACACGGCUCCACACGUCUUCAAGGCUUUGAGCAGGUGCAGUCUGAAACACUGUGUGGCACUCUGGCAGCUGCUCAGCUCUCUGAAAUCAGAGACUAUGCUGCACCUCAAGAGGGACCCAUUUGUGGGCAUCAAUGAAGAGUAUAAACACCAUCUACAGGACGAACAUAAAACACUGCUCACUAGUUUUUUCAGCAAGGCCAAUGCUUAUUCCUUCCUUCUGGAGAUGCACGAGUUUCUGCGGCUGGUCCUGAAGAACCCAAAAGCAAUAGAAACCUUUAGGCCAGACUGGGGUCUGAAAGAUACAGUUGUGUCCUACAUGGAGCGUAAAGAUCUGGACAUUCCAGAAGAGGUGGUUGAGUUCUUUCCUGAAGAGAUCCUACUCUCACAGUACAUUGAAGCAUGGAAGUUCUCCGUUCUCCUUAGACAAGAAAGAAAUCAAAAAUAAAUCCUGGAUGGAGCAGUUCUGUCAUCCAGAAUUCAUACUUCAGGGAAUAAAGCUCUUAAACUAAAAUCGACAAUGAGAUUUAUUUAAAACAAUCAUCUGAUAUGACUUUGAUAAACUGUGCCUUUUUCACAUUAAAGUGUUACGUGUUGGUGUAAACUUAAUGCACACAUAUAUUGCACUGUCUUCUGUAACAGUAAAUAGUGAUAGUGAAGUACAAUCUGUCAAAACAUUUUAAGACAUAAUACAAACCAUCAAAACAAUCUACAAGCUACUAUAAGCUUGAUUUGAAUUGCCCGACAAUGCUUUAUUGUUAGUUAGCCAUUUUACUAAUUUUCUAUUUUGAAAUGAUACCAUCAUUUUGCUUAAAGUAGUUCUUAGGUGUCCUAUUAAUGUUUAUAUUUUACAUCUUUUCAGGGUUUUGUUCUAUCUUGUUCAUUUGCGCUCUCUUUAUUUCAGUACGAAUUGUUACUGUGAACAAACAUGUUUUCUGGACCAAUGCUGCACAUAACUUCUCUGUAACUGACACUGAUUUUACUAUGAAGUUAUUAAAUAUGUUUACUGCAACUCAAA